AUGUCUCUCCCCAAUGUCGUCAUGACCGCGACCCGCACUGCUCGUCGCUCCUUUGGCUCGUCCGCUGAGCGCAUGAGCAUGACGGCCGUCAACGGCGAGCGCCGCCGCUCGUUCGGCACGACUGCCCGGGUCUCCAUCUCGGCGCUUAACCCGAUGGACAAGCUCCCGGCCGGCGUGAACCCGGACGAGUAUGUUCCGCCGUACUACAUUGAGCGCAAGCGCCAGCGCGACUCGAUCGAGGACCGCAAGGAGCAGGAGGGCGGGCUCAUGCACGAGCUCAACGCCGGCAUCCUCUCGGACGAGGUCGCCGCGACGACGCGCCGCCUGGUGUCCAAGAUCCCGACGGAGCACGAGUUCGAGGGCGGGUUUAUGCACCCGUCCGGCUUUGUCGUUCCCCAGCCGGGCGAGGCCGGCGAGUUCAUGGCCGACAUGCGCGACCGCGACAUGGCGAUGCAGACUGCCGCCGUCGCCGCCCGCGUCAACGAGGACGCGGCCCUCCGCGAGCUCACCGGUGUGCACGUGCGCGCGCACGACCACAAGGUGCCCUACGAGAUCUUCGCCAACGACGGCACGGUCCAGCACCCGUCCGGCUUUGUCCCGCCCACGGCCGCGCACGAGUUCAGCUCGGCGCCCUCCGAGGAGUUCAACGCCGAGGACGUCACGCUCCGUCUGACGUCCGGCCCUGCGGCGCGCACGCCCUGGAAGCAGGCAUGA